UGAAAAUGUUUUAUUAUCUUCCAGAUCUUCAUGUGAACUACUCAGAAAGACACCCUUUUUGUGUAUAGAUCUGUAAACACUGAGUAGUGCAGCUCUUUUCUCUCUCUCUCAUUGAUGGGACGGUGCUGUUUUAUCAUGCCAUAUUUUCACGAUUUGCAAGAUCUGAAAGAAGAGAAUGGAUUUUGCCAGAGGAUAUGAGCACGAAGCUUCAAUACAACUGAAUCGGAAUUUUUAGAAAAAUAUUUAACCUUUUGUCUGAAGACUUGAGAUUGAAAGGCAUUUACAUGUUAUUUUUUUGCCUCAUCCAAUAUUUCUUCUUUGGCGUUCACGUUUUUGACGAUUAAUUAAAUUUCGCCUGGGUCUCCAUUGUUUUGCUUUUUGCGAAAUAUUAAGUUAAAGUUGUAGUUUAUUGGUUAUGUUAGCGUUGGGGCAAAUGGACGGGUCUCGCCAGUGCGCUUUCCUGCUCAAUACCCCACCUUUGGCUGCUUUACACAGUAUGACCGAAAUGAAGACACAGCUUUACCCAGCCUAUCCGUUAUCUUCCACUGGACCAGCAUCCUCCAACUCUCCGACCGCUACCUCCCCGAAUCCAGGUGGUAUCCCCGUUUCUUCACCGGGGAUAAAAACGUCAAAUGGACUUUCAGCUGUUGGAUCACCCCAGCAGUGCGCGGUCGCCACACCUCACGGAAUAAACGACAUCCUCAGUCGACCCUCGGUGCUCUCAGCAGGAGCGGCGGCCGCCGUCGCAGCAUCUUCUCCCGCUGGAAUCUUGUCUGGACUGCCCCGUUUCAGCAGCCUGAGUCCUCCACCUCCUCCAGGGCUGUAUUUCAGCCCAAGUGCUGCGGCAGUGGCGGUGGCUCGCUAUCCGAAACCUCUGACAGAGCUUCCAGGCAGAACUUCAAUAUUCUGGCCUGGAGUUAUGCAAAGCCCACACUGGAGAGACGCCAGAUUUGCAUGUUCACCACAUCAAAACUCGGUGCUGCUUGACAAAGACGGAAAAAGGAAACAUACACGGCCAACGUUUUCCGGGCAGCAAAUUUUCGCUCUGGAAAAAACAUUUGAGCAAACGAAAUAUUUGGCGGGACCAGAAAGAGCGCGGUUGGCCUACUCUUUAGGAAUGACAGAAAGCCAAGUAAAGGUGUGGUUUCAAAAUCGAAGGACGAAAUGGAGAAAACGGCACGCGGCUGAAAUGGCUUCGGCUAAGAAAAAACAAGAUUCGGAGACCGAAAGGCUGAAAGGGGCCUCGGAAAACGAAGACGAUGAUGACGACUACAACAAGCCUUUAGACCCAAACUCAGACGAUGAGAAAAUAACUCAGCUACUGAAAAAACACAAACCAAACUCAGCUCUUAUUAUUCACACGUCGGAAAACGAGAGCUCGUAAAGCGGAAACGGGCAAAGAGUUGCCAGUCAUUUGAGGAGAAAUUCCUCAAGAAGUGUCAAAAUAAUGUAGGCGACAGUUUAUUCACUAUGUUUGAGUGGAAGGAUGCACAUCAGAGGAAUAUGUACUAUCGGUGAAGCUGAACGUGCAUCAGUGUCUGCAAUAGACACAAUUCAACGUAAAGACAACGGUACUUUUUUGUUUUUGUUUUGUAAAUUAACGGCUUGAGUUGUAUCGCAUAGGAAUUAUAUCACUGUGAAUAUUUAUGUGUAAAAUAUUUUGAAUAGUAAACAUGCCAGAAUUCGUUCACACCGCUUCAGUCUGAUCUUCUGUUUGGGCUUUGUGAUUUGCAUACUCAUAUCAUUAAUUUGCAUAGGCGCUUAUCA